AUGUCUUUUUCAGAGCUGGUACAACCAACACGAUCAACAGAAACGGAUAAAUGGAAAAAGGCUAGGCGCGAAGAGAACACUCAAGGCAUAGACGAGAUUUAUAUCGAUUUUAAGAAACAAGUAUUCCGACAUAAUACCAAUGAAUUAGCGUUGGUUAUUAUUGAGGUGAUGCUGGAUCUCGGGUGUUGUGCAAGAUGUGUGUUCAGAUAUUUAAACGUCCAGAAUUAUGAUGUUUAUUCUGAACCCAAAGAGAUCCUAUUUAACCUUAUUAAUCGAAUCCGGCAAGAAGCAUCAAGAUCCAUUGAUUCGUCAUUAACAUCAUACCUCGAGCAUUCUUUGACUGUACCGCCUUCCCAUGAAACUUUGGAGAAACCCAUUUGUGUUACAUGUCUCGAUCUUCUCUAUCAAGUAGACACGCACGAAUGUGUCUGGCCCAUUCAUCAAAGUACUCUGAUGCACAACUUCGAUGUUAAAGAUUUUAAUUUAUCAAUCUCACUGCCCUCCGGAAUUUUAGUAAACAAUCACUCAAUGAUGGUUUGGAUCCGGAAAAACUGUAGGGAUCGACAGAUUGAACAUUGCCUGGAGAUGAUAGUUGAUCUGAAAGAAAUUUUCAAGUUUUUGUUGGGUUCGUCUGUUGAGGAAAAAACCGGAAUGAAGUACUCCUAUCAAAGUUCAUUUAACAUAGCUGUAGAAUUUUAUCAUGAUGGUACGCAACGCAAUCAUAUGAUCUUGACUCAGAUUCCUUCAGCGGAAUUUAAACUAAAAAAGACCUGGGUCAAGGUAAAGAGAUUGAAUUUCGGGAACUUCAAACCACAAUCGCAUGAAAUUUGGUCACUCGUUCAUACCAUUUACCAAGAAUCUUAUUUCACACUCCAGGGAAAAACUGUUUUCGUAGGAGAUUCGCGAUCGAACAUCACAAAUACUUUAUUAAAAGUCUCUGAUGAUGAUUUUUUAAAAUGCCAAUAUUGUCCCCCGCCUGUCGUCGAAGAGAGAUGGAAAAGCAAAACACCAAUACUGGAACACGGGCCGGUUCAUGUUGGAGGUCGUUAUAAUAAGUUAUCACGAAACAUUAGUCAAACUCCCUGGGUAAUUAAUGGUGUCAAAUUAGCUCCGACAUCAGUCUCGGAAUGUAUUGGAGAGAUAUUGCGAGAGAAAUUCAGAUGUGACGACUACACUUUUGUGCCUGCGGGCCGGGAAGAUGUUAAUGUGCGCAUGUUGGGCACCGGCAGACCUUUUUUUCUGGAGAUGAUUAAUCCUAGGAAACCACAUCCUUCACAAGAAGAACUAAAUGCCGCACAAGACGAGAUUAAUGAAAAAUAUCAAGACUUGGUUCAAUGUAACGAAUUGACAAUGAUUGAUGAAAAUGAUUUGCUUAUAAUCAAAGAAGGCGAAGAGACCAAAACGAAAACCUAUAGCGCGCUAGUAUGGAGUUCUAAAAAAGUUACCCCCGACGUAAUCGAAAAAAUUAAUGUCUAUAAGGAUGGACUGACCAUUGAACAACAAACUCCAAUUCGCGUAUUACAGAGACGUUCACCCAUGGUACGACCUAAGAAAAUUCAUCAUAUAUUUGCUGAGUCGAUGAAAGAUAACCAACAGGUGUUCAUUUUAAAAUUAAAAACCGAAGCCGGAACUUACAUUAAAGAAUUCAUUCAUGGUGAUUUAGGUAGAACCAAACCAAGUUUAGGCGACAUUAUUGAAUGUACAACGGAUAUAUUAGCCUUAGAUGUAUUAGAAGAUGCUCUGAAGCAAUAUAAAAAAGAUUUGGUACUCGAAGUUCCCGGUGCCAACAUUGCUUCAUUACCUCCGCCUCCGCCACCACCUACAGCAUCUUAUACAUCAUCCGACUUUCAUCAAACAGCUUCGCAAUCUGCCACAACAUCACAAUAUUCCGCAGAAUUUGUAUCCGUUGACACUUCUCACUCAACCGAAGAAUCUGUUAUCGGCGAAUGGAGACCAGUAACACCACCACCAAUACCUGCGUCAACCCCAAAACAAGAUCCCUUUAUAAAAGAUGAGCUCAAAGAUGAAAUAAAAAAUGAUGAUUCAUUGCUACCACCACAGGAUGACGAUGACGAAUUCGAAGAUCCUGAUGAUCUGAGUAAUUUUAGGGUGGUUGAAAAGGCCCUUCCAGUAGAUGAAAUAGCAGCAAGAGAAGAAAUUGAGGGUGGAACUAUUGAUAUUUCUUUUAAAAAGAGGAAAUUCGGAAGCGGGAGCAACAAGGCAAGGAAUAUCAGAAGGAGAACCGAGUAG